AGGGUCGGGCACGGGCGGCUGGGGGCAGCCGCGCUCCGGCGGCGCUGCGGGAAGCGGAACUCGGCGGCGCGGGGGAGGCCCGAAGUGGGAGCGCCGGGUCCUCGGUGCCGGCUUGGGACGGGGCGUGAGGCCCGCUGAGGCACGGCCAUGGGGAGGCCCAGGAAGGAGUCUGGCAGCACCGCGGCCCCUCGGCCGGCGGCGGCCCCCAAGACGUCCCCCGCCGCCCCACCGCCAUCCGCCUCGGCCGCCCGUGCCACCAGCAGCCGCUCCAGGAGCACGCCGGUUGCGGGACGGAGCCAGGAGGCAAAGCCCAGCUCGUCCCAGCCGAAAUCCACAGCGGCAUCCCGCGGGGCACGAGGCGAUGCCGGGGAGCAGCUUGGAGCGGCCGGCGGGGGCUCCUCCACCAGCGCGAGGAAGACGACCCAUGCCAAAGGAGCUUCAGGCCAGGCCAAGGCUGAGCCGUGCCCCAGCAAGGCCCCGUGCCGGUUCCUGCCCCCCCUGGAGAGCCAGGACAUCCCCCGGGUGGAGAAGGAGACGCGGGGCCAGCGCAACAACCCCAAGUGGUACGAGUGGAGGGAGAACCGCAUCACGGCCUCCGUGGCGCCCCGCAUCGCCGGCAGCAAGUUCGCCAACGGGAGGACGGACAAGGUGCCCCAGUCGUACCUGAAGGCGGUGGUGAGCCCCGGCCCCACCGUGCAGACGCCGGCCAUGUCGUGGGGCAUCCGCAACGAGAAGGCGGCCGUGCGGGCCUACGAGCAGCUCAAGUCGCGGGAGGUGGGCCGGCCGGUGCGGGUGGAGGACUGCGGCCUCUUCAUCCACAAGGAGAAGACGUGGAUCGCCGCCAGCCCCGACGGCGUCGUCACGGAGGCGGACACAGGGAAGCCGCUGGGGCUGCUGGAGGUGAAGUGUCCCUACAAGCACCGCAACAAGACGGUGCGGGAGGCCUGCAAGGACAGGGACUUCUGCCUGCAAGUGGACGGCGACUCCUACGCGCUGAAGCGGGACCACAACUACUUCACCCAGGUGCAGUGCCAGCUGGCGGCCGCUGGCCUGCAGCGGGCUGACUUCGUGGUGCACACCAAGAAGGAGACGGCCGUGGCCCCCGUGGAGUUCGAUGACGAGUUCUGGGGGCAGACGGUGCCCAAGCUGGAGAAGUUCUACACCGAGGCGGUGAUCCCCCACCUGGAGGGGGAGGCCGGCGGCUCUGUCUGGGCCAAGGAGGAGUAGAUGCCCAUCCUUGCUCUCCAGGAUGCUUGCUUGGCUUUGGGUUGGCCGCGCAAACCCAGCUUGGGCCCCUAGAAUAGAAGCUGCACCUGAGUUUUCUGCUGUUCCUCGACCACUCACUGCCUCUGCCCCAAGGCUGCUGCAUCAGGAUGGAAGAAUCCGCACCAGCAGGGCCUGCUUCGAUAAGGGGCCCACCAGUAAUGAUUUCACCUGCCCAACGAAGGAGAAAAGUCCUAGAGCCAGCCCAGCAUGGCCCCGUGCUCCUCACUGCCCACCAGUUCAAGCCCACAGCACUCAUGGAAGCCAGCACACACCGAUCGCAUCUGCGGGGAACGCCUGUGAGCCCUCUGCACUGGAAUAACAGACUCAUUUUGUGGGGAAAACUGGAUCAUUCAGCACCUACACUACUGUCAGGACUAAACCUUAAUUCCUCUCUGGAAUGGAAACGGAGUCACAGAGGGGUUGUUAGAGCCCGAGAGCAAAGCAAAGCUCUUGAGCUAAAUCACGUUGUGCCUUAGCCGUUGCAGCAGGGGCACAGGGACACCGUUCCUCCUGAGCCACCAGCCCUGCUGGCCCUGGAGCCAUCCCAGGGUGCUAAGGAAAGGGGGCAUUGGCUGCAGGAUGGGGAAGAUGGUGCCUGUCGAGGAGGUGGCCUCCACAGUGGGGAGGCUCUAGAAGAAAUUCCUGUGACACACUCCAUGUACCGCAGCAGGGCAGGGAGGUGAGCAUCACCCCUUUGCAGCAUGGCUUGCUCUGUUAAAUAAAACCAGUGUUGGAUCGCA